AUGGCGACAGCAGGGGCACGGACGAUUGUCGUGGGCGGUGGCCUGGCGGGCCUGAGCGCAGCCCAUACGCUAGUAGAGCGUGGGCGGCGAGUGGUGUUGCUCGACAAGUGGCCGAGCCUUGGAGGCAACUCCCUCAAGGCCAGCUCCGGCAUCAAUGGCGCUGAAACGGCGGCGCAAAAGGCACUCGGCAUUGACGACAGCGUCGAGGCCUUUGCUGCUGACACGCUAUCCUCUGCCAUCCCGCACCAGCAUCCCGACCUCAUCACCGCCCUCACCGCCAACUCCCCCGCUGCCAUUUCAUGGCUCACGGACACAUUUGGCAUCGACCUCUCAGUUGUCGCGCGGCUCGGGGGACAUUCCAUUGCGCGCACCCAUCGGGGAGAAGGCGGAGCGCCGGGCUACGCAAUUACGGACGCGCUUAUGAAGCGGCUAGGCGAGGAGAAAAAGGUCGAGAUCGUGACGCAUGCACGGGUGACGAGACUACUUGAAGAAGAGGGGCAUAUUGUGGGGGUGGAGUACCGGAAUAUGGCGGGUGAGACAGUCGUGGUGAGGGGCGAGGGCGUGAUACUAGCCACUGGUGGUUAUGCGGCAGACCUGUCCCCGGACUCGCUCAUCGCCAAACACCGACCCGACUUGCUUUCUCUUUCAACCACCAACGGCCCACAUGCCACGGGCGACGGCAUCACCCUCGCCACUUCCGAUUCCCUCCCCGCCAGCCUCCGAGCGGGCACCACCGACCUAUCGCUCGUUCAAAUUCGACAACCCGCUUUCUGGCUGCGGAAGGGCUGCGCGGGGGCGGGAGGAAUGCUUGUGGACAAGAACGGGAAACGGUUUAUCAAGGAGGUCGAGCGACGCGAUGUCGUCACUGCUGCGAUGCAGACCGUCGAAAAGGAGGAGCGUGGGCCGGUGAGGCUGGUCAUGGGGGAGAAGGCGGUCGCGGGCAUGGCCAAGGCUUGCGCGUUCUAUGUCUUCAAGGGCCUGAUGAAGCGCUACGACAACGCAAAGGCAUUCGCCGACGACACUGGUGUCCCGCUGGAUAACGUGCUCGACACGUUUGCGCAGUUUGGGACAGAGACGGAUCCGUUGGGCAGUGGCGUGGACGCCGGUAUGUCCUCGAUAUCGUCCUAUCUUUCUCCACUCAACUCUCCAGCCUUUACUCCCGACGAACCGUUGCAUGUAGCGAUCACCACGCCUGUCGUGCACUACACUAUGGGUGGGUUGUCUGUCGAUGCCUCCGCGCGUGUCCUUGCCGCAGAGAGUGGAGAGCCGAUUCCCGGAUUGUGGGCCGCGGGCGAGGUUAUUGGCGGGGUCCAUGGCCAGAACCGGCUCGCAGGGAGUUCCUUGCUGGAGGCGGUCGUAUUUGGCCGGAUCGCGGGCUCUGGGCCCGGGGCGUGA